AUGUUGACUUCACGUUCUUUUCAGCCUGGAUUCAACAUCAUGGAUAAUUUGGAAGAAGUGUUGCUCGAACUCAAUCAGUUUGAAAAGAAAUCGCCCGAAACCCUCACCCCCGUCAUGGAGGCGUAUUUGCUCUCCGUGGCUCAAACGGGUCACACUCAUUUCCCUUGGCAGAAAAUCAAACCCUUGUUAAAGCUGAAGUUGGACGCGGUCAUCAAAGACUUCCACGCCUCGCAUCCGACCGAUGACUUGCCCCACGUGCCCAAUGUCGAUCCAUUUUCGUUCCGGGAUUGCCGAGACAAAGUUUUCGGCCAGUUGGAUGGAUUUCCCGGGAUCCCUUUCACGGUUCAGCGUCUGUGUGAGCUUUUGACUCAGCCCAAGAAACAUUAUAAGCGCACGGACAAGUUCAUGCGGGCUAUCGAAAAAAAUAUGUUGGUCGUGUCGACCGUCGAUCCGCGCCACAAGCCGCCCGUCGAGGAAGAUGAACCCUCGGUCAACACCAUUGUCAACGGUGAUCAUUCCACAUCUAGUGACGGGGAAAGCUCGUCACCCCUUCGAUCCAAUGGGAUCGGAUCGCCCGGCUAUCGACGGCUCAAUCAUGAUAAGGACUCUGUGACCGAAACGCCUAAGGGUCCGCUUUUUCCUUCUCUGCCUGAUAAUUCCGAUAAAGCGGAAGGAGAUGAACCUGCGCCCACCUCCACCCCACCUCCUACUGCAGAGGAAACCGACCAAGGUGAGAGUAGCCCAGCUGAAUCGUCAUUAGAAAACCGCCUGGCUUCCACUACUCAAGCAAGCCCGGAAAUCAGUUCAGCCCCUGCCCCCAAAUCGGAAGAUUCUUCGCCCUCGUCCACCCUGUCACUUGCCAAUUCAUCGGAAGUCUCGUCGUCCUCUUCUCCGUCAGUAUUGCCUCCCUCCACAUCUGCUGUAGUCGAGACUGCGGAACGAACAGAGGCCCAAAUCGACGCUAAAAAGUCCUCUGAAAAAAAUGAAAACGAGGAAGACAAAGCACAGCCCAUGGAACAAGAUACAGCCGAGGAAACAUCAGAGGACAUUAAGGCUUCGGAUGAUAUUGCCAUGGUUACGGGCUCAACUCACGACCUCUCCUCAGAUACUUCUAUAGAUGAUGUUACCAAUCACUUGACCCAUCUGGACGGAGACCCCUUGAGCAAGGGCGAAGGUGACCAGGCUUCCUCCGAGCCUGCUGUCGUUGAGAAAAUGGAUCAAGAGCCACCUUCUUCUUCAGUCGAAGUUCCAGACCAAACCAUGGCUGAGCAGAAUGCCCAAGGAUGUGCGUCCUCUAGUGGGUCGACAUCCGAAACCAUUGAAACCAAUACGAAUGUCGUUGUUGAGCAGGCAGACACCAAAGAUCAGGUUUUACCCAGCGUGGAGAAAGAAAUGAAAGAGCCUGUUGUCGUUGCGGCUGCUCAAGAGCAAGCCACAACUUCGGACUCGAAACCCGUGCCAGGAGUAGAGGAAGAAACCCUUGAUGAGGACGGACCCUCCGAGGCCAAGAUUCCCAAAAAGGAAGAUUCGCCAACAACCAUUGCAGCUGCUACAAUUGCUGUCACAUCAUCCACGGUGAUUUCUUCCUCCUAGCAUUGUUGCCUACUUGUGUGUUCAGUGUGUCGCCAAAUGCUCUUGAGUCUAUCCGACAAACACGAAGAAACUGUAUUUGAAAAAUUUGAAAUUUGUGGACGUUGAAAGCAUCAGAAUAAAGUACUGAUACAAACCA